CGUUAAUGUGUUGUGUGUUUUCUCCUCAUCAAUUAAUAUUCAAAAGCAAAAGGGUGAUCAAAGGAAUACCAACUUGCUUCUAACUCAAACAAUGGAUACCCAAUAAAGCUUUCAUUCACUUCUUCAAGAAACCCCAUAUUCAUUUCUUUAUAUUUAUUUCAGCAUUCUGUUACUCUGAUUUUACUAUCCACAAGUCAAGUGUGGAGUUUAAGUUUCCAUGGAGGACUUGCUUGUGGAUAGUGUUUUCAAUGGUGACAGAGAAGCUCAGAUUCAGGCGGCUUCUCAGUUUGGUGAAUUGAGCAGUAGACAGAAGCAGAAACUGGUUGAAAGAGGCGUCAUUGUUCCUCUGGUUUCGAUGCUUCGUUCCCAAGAUUAUGAAGCCAUUGAAGCUGCUCUUUUAUCUUUACUUAGUCUCGCAUUUGGCAGCGAAAGGAACAAGAUCCGGAUUGUAAAAUCUGGGGUUGUGCCAGUGUUGUUAGAGCUCAUUCAAUGCGAAAGCGAGGCGCUGAUUGAACUCACUGUUGCGGCUAUGUUGAUUCUUUCUUCUUGUGCUGCAAACAAGUUGGCAAUUGCAUCUUCCGGGGCCAUUCAACUCAUUGUUGGAAUCCUGAACGGAGACCUUGGUAAUAACAAUGGUGGCAUUAGCAUUCAAGCCAAGAUUGAUGCUAUUGCUACUCUUCAUAACCUCUCAACAUGCCAUCAGCUUAUCCCACCAAUUGUUUCUUCUGGUGUGAUAUAUCCCUUGCUUCAGAUAAUCCAUGGUUCUGAGAAAUCAUCAGAGUUGGCGGAGAAGGCAAUUGCUUUGCUGGAAAACAUAGUUUCACUGUCAGAAAAUGCACUUCAAGAGAUUGCCGCUACUGGAUGCGCGAUUCGUGCAUUCGUUGAGGUUAUUGAAGAGGGGUCUCUGCAAUGCAAAGAGCACGCAGUGUCAAUCCUGCUAAUGUUAUGCCAGAGCUGCAGAGACAGAUACAGAGGCUCAAUCCUGAGGGAAGGUGUAAUGCCUGGGCUGCUUCAGUUGAGUGUGGAUGGAACUUGGAGGGCGAAAAACAUGGCGAGAGAAUUGUUGCUGCUUCUGAGAGAUUGCUCGGAUUAUGGUUCGAGAAGUACACAAUCAAAGCAUGAGCUCAUGGAGCAGAUUAUGCAAGAAAUUGAUUCCGAAGGCGAGAGGGUUGCUGAAACAACCCUGAGACUGGUUGAAGAAAUGAUUGCAAAACUCAGUACCAGAUAAUUGUUGUUUAAAUAUUGUAGAGAGUUUAGAUCAAUGUAUCAGAUAAUAAGUCGGUUGUUCUUUGGGUUUGGGUUUGUGUAAGUAAAGAUUUGGUUCGCGUUGCUCUAGCU